UUCUUCAUCAACCUGACUUGUUUAGUAGUUUGAUAAUCCUCGACAAGAGAAUCGGAUUGUGUCUUUACGAAAUUGAUAAUAGAGAAGAAAGAAAUAAGAAAGAUGUCGGAUGCUAUGCCUAUUGCUGAACCCGUCCCUGUCGCGGCGCAGACGGAGACUCCUCCCUUUGACAAGUACAAGACCUUGAUCUCCGAUCUGCUUACGUGGAAGAAGGUCGCGCAGUCCGGGAUCGCGUUUGGCUCGCUGGUUACGGCGUUGCUGGUGUUCAAGUACGUGAAUGUGGUCAAGUUGGUGUUUAACGCCGCGUAUAUCGCGUUUGGCACUGCGGUGGCUGUUGAAUUCGCGGGCCGGACGAUCAAGAAAUCGCCAGGGUUUGUGUCGUCGUUCCGCACGGCGGGCGGGUACUUUGUGAUCUCGAAGAACGUGGUCGAGCCCGUGUUUGAGGAGCUGCUUGUGCUGCUCAACUUUGGCCUGGUCGAGGUGCAGAAGAUUGUGUUUGUCGAAAACACGCAGACGACUGUUGUUGCGUUUGUGGCGUCGUGGUUUGUGUAUAAGAUGGUGCAGCAUGUUUCUGUCUGGUCGCUCGCUUUUGCCGGCGUGAUCUUUGCCUUCGCCGCGCCGGUCGUCUACCUCAAGUUCCAGACCGAGAUCGACGCGCAGAUUGAGUCCGCGACCAAGGUCGUGAGCGCAAAGACCGACGUCGCAAAGUCGCAGGUGAAGGAGCAGUACGACAAGGGCGUCAGCCUCGCGUCGGGCUAUGUCUCGCUCGGACUCGAAAAGGUCGGGUAUAAGCGCAACAUGCCGCCCGUGCCUGCCGCGACUGAGGCUACUCCUGCUGCUGCUGCUCAGUAGGUAGGAGUCGGUCGAGGAGGCUUUUCUAUCCAUGACUCUUGACGACUACGAUUACGAAUUUUCUAGCUGUGGUACAUUGAGGCGAGAACAAUCUAAGAAUGCUAUAUCAAAUCAUAGAGUAGAUAUAUAUAAACCAGUACAAGCACAAAGCGGCAAGAAAUACCGGACGAACCGCGGUGUUUGUGUCAGCAGAAGCGGGUCUGGUGUCAAUCGAAUUGGCGGAAACUUUGGGCAAAACCGAAUUCGACCGCUACCCGAAAGAAAGCUCGAGGGC